AUGCCGUCGUCGGUUGACAAGACGCGAGGGCUCAGUUGGAGCGCCGAAGUGCGCAGGAUGUCUACCAGCACUGGUCACUGGUCACCGGUCCCUAGACUCAACACUUCUGCUGUGCGGUGUUUUGACUCCGUGUCUGGUCUCCUCGGUGAGGUGAUGCGGUGGUGCUCGCACAGGAUUGAGGUAGAUGAUAUGCCGUACACAGACAACAGGAAUCAAAUACCGAUGAAGGGAGACGCGGUAAUUUGGGCGACAGCGACGGGGGCGAUAUCGAUGGUAGUUGUCGUUGUCGUCGUGGUCUCGUCGGCCAUCAGUUACGGAUGUCGUCGGCCUGGCUAG